AUGGCGACUCCACAGGUCAACUCAUCAGCCUCGUCUAUCACGGCGACAGAAGCCAAUCCCGAUCUUGAGUCACAACGCCCGAACAAGACCCACGUUUCCCACUUCCAGAUUGUCUUCGACCAGGCCGGUGUCACCCCGGAGGUUCUUGCACACAAGUAUCAAGGCCAGGGAACAGCAGAGUCGCCAUAUGUCGUCGAGUUUCUCCCUCAGGAUCCCCGUAAUCCUAUGCUGUUCUCGAAAACGAAGAAAUGGAGCAUUACCCUGCUACAAGCUGUCGCGACACUAGCUGUGGCUUUCGUCAGUACCGCGUUUUCGGGCGGUAUCUUUGAGGUCAUCGCCGACUUUGGCAUCUCACGAGAGGUGUCCAUUCUCGGCAUCUCAUUGUUCGUUCUUGGCUUUGCCAUCGGCCCCUUACUAUGGGCACCAGCAAGCGAGUUCUAUGGACGUCAAAUCCUUUUCUUCAUCACUUACAUGGCCCUCACCGCCUUCAAUGGCGGUGCAGCUGGUGCCAAAAAUAUUGAGACGCUGGUCAUCCUGCGAUUCUUUGCGGGCGCUUUCGGCUCGUCACCCCUGACGAAUUCCGGCGGUGUCAUCGCCGAUAUGUUCUCCGCAUCGGAGCGAGGUCUCGCUACGGCCGUCUUUGCGACCGCACCUUUCCUUGGCCCGUCGAUCGGUCCUAUCGUUGGUGGUUUCCUUGGUGAGGCCGAGGGUUGGAGAUGGGUUGAGGGCCUGAUGGCUAUCUUCACAGGUGUGCUGUGGAUCGUCUGCACGAUAUUCGUCCCCGAAACAUACGCACCGGUUCUCUUGCGCAAGAGAGCCGCUAAGCUGUCCAAGCAGACUGGCAAGGUCUAUAUCUCCAAGCUGGACUUCGGCAAGCCCCACAAGACUGUUGCCGCUCAGUUCAAGGUUGCACUAUCGCGACCAUGGAUCCUGCUCUUCAAGGAGCCUAUUGUGCUCUUGACAUCCAUCUAUAUGGCCAUCGUCUACGGCACACUCUACAUGUGUUUCGCUGCCUUCCCUAUUGUUUUCCAACAAGGCCGAGGAUGGAGCCCCGGUAUUGGCGGCCUGGCUUUCCUCGGUGUUGCGAUUGGCAUGCUCUUGGCUGUCGGGUUCGCCAUGUAUGACAAUAAGCGCUACAACAGAGUCGUUAAGGAGCACGGUGGAGCGGCACCGCCUGAAGCACGCCUGCCCCCUGCCAUCAUCGGAUCGAUCCUCAUUCCCGUUGGUCUGUUCUGGUUCGCGUGGACCAACAGUCCCAGCAUCCACUGGGUCGUCUCGAUUAUCGGAACAGGCUUCUUCGCCGCCGGCAUCGUCCUGGUGUUCCUGUCCUUGAUGAACUACCUGAUCGACUCGUACGUCAUCUUCGCCGCCUCCGUGCUGGCCGCCAACGCGGUGCUGCGGUCCCUCUUCGGCGCCGCCUUCCCGCUCUUCACGACGUACAUGUUCAACGACCUCGGCAUCCACUGGGCCAGCAGCAUCCCGGCCUUCCUCUCCCUGGCGUGCGUGCCCUUCCCCAUCCUGUUCUACAGGUACGGCGCGCAGAUCCGCAUGAAGUGCAAGUUCGCGCACGAGGCGGCCAAUGUGCUCGAGCGCAUGCGCUCCCUGCACGUGCAGAUCGAUGUGGACGAGGCUGAGGAGGAGAUGGAGGAGGAGGAGAAGGCGCAUCGCAUUGAGUCUCGGACGCCACAUGGUGGGCUGAUGACCGAUGACGAGGAAGCCUCUGGCAGCGCGAAGAAGGAGGAGCAGUAA